GGUGGUGGGCAACCGAGAAAUGACUGCGAAUUAAUAGUCAACAGCUCAGUUACCCGCCCGGGAGAAAUAUGGAUGUAUGGCCGCCGAAUUUGGAAUAGAGAUGUAGUUUCAAGGAUGUCACCCAUCUACAUCUCUCGUUUGUUCCUCUUUAUUUUUAUCUCCGCGGUCUGGGAGACGCGAGCCAAAUCUCUUCCAGAUCAAGGAGCACUUGAGGUCCAGAUCAGAGUUCAGGUGUUCGACAACAGUGACCUCUCACCUUUGGCCGGCGCCGCCAUAGAGGUUCAUGGGAACCGGUCUGUGUUAGCGUCCAGCCAGGCGGGCAGUGAUGGCGUGCUUAGGGUGACCUUCCUGUACCACCCGGGGACCUGGGUCAUCAUUUCAGCGUCCAAACACGACUAUGUCACCAACUCCGUCCCCUGGCACGCUAGCCGCAUCCCUCUGUAUGCAUCGGUCAGCUUGUACCUCCUAGUCCAGAGGCCAGGCACCCUCAUUCUCUAUGAUGAUGUCAUCCAGGUGCUGCAUGGAUCCCCAGGUGCACGGAACCAGCCAUUGGUCCAGCUCCAGAGAAAGUCCCUUCAGCUGCCAGCUGAUUCCAACUACACAGCACUAUCGGCUGUGCUGACUACUGCCAGAAGCCAGUAUGAGAUCGGGGGCUUCCCGUACCUCCUGGGCCUGGAAACCAACAGCACAGGGGCAGAGACAGGAUGGACAGACUUAACAGCACUGGCGGUGGUCAGCGUUCAGCUCUUUGACCACGAUGGGACCGCCAUCCAGGUGUCUGACCCGGUUCACGUCUCCGUACCGCUGCCCUCGGAUACUCGCACCAGGAUCGCCACCAGCAUUCCCGCCUGGCUGUACCAGCCCAAGACGGGUCUGUGGGUCCGGAAUGGAACUGGCUACAUUAAAAAAGAGGGCACACAACUAAUCUGGAACGUGGUCGUUCCUCAGUUGGGGUAUUGGGUCGCAGCCUUCCCUUCAUCUGCAGGCGUGGGCCUGGGCGGUCACUCUGGCCUGAGAGACAUCACCACCUACCACACCCUGUUCCUGCUCUCCAUCCUGGGUUCGCUGGCCCUGCUGGUGCUCAUCCUGCUCUGUGUGCUGCUCUACUACUGCAGACGGAAAUGUCUAAAACCACGGCGACAACAGGGAAAGCCACACACUGCUCUGAACAGCUCCAAGCGCGACCAGGGCACCUCCACUUCCCGCCUCAAUCUCAUCUGUGGCGGCCAUGUUGAAUCAGGUCCAUCCAAUGAUGCCAACAAAUCUGACCCAUCCCCCUCACGAGACUACCAGAGCUCGCGGGAGGAGUUCGCCAAGCACGUCCCCGCCCACAAGCUGCGGCAUUCGAAGGUGAAAGGAGCCUCGGGACCUCAGAGGGGCGAGAGCUUCCCUAUGAAGGUGACCCGCGCCACAGACACCAACAAUCUCGACAACCCCCUGCUACUGCAAGAAGACUACUCACGGAACUACAGCCCCAUCAUGGAGGACGACAAGGACUCGGACUACCACAUACGCUGCCACACAGCCAACGACAAUCGCGGCUACACCUCAGACGGGGGCUCCCCACCUCGUUUCCUGUCGGACAAGUCAGACAAGCCUCCCGAGUACUCUGCGGCCGCCGCAGACCACCUGGCCCGCCCGACAUCGCUCAACACGCAACCGGGCCAGAUCAUCUUCUGCCACUCCAUGGACCAGAUGAAGGAAAACAUGUACCGAAGCAUGGUGCCCACCUUGGUCAUACCGGCCCAUUACAUGCGUAUGUCCUCAGACUUCUCCGGGAAGGAGCAGCAGCAGGAUAAGGAAGGGGGGAUGCAGAUGGGUGCCGGUCAGUCACACCAUCCCCAGCAACAGAGCCAGCACCAGCAGCACCAGCAGCAGGGCGGCUCCCAAGGGGAUGACUCAGAGGGUCAAAACUGGAACUCGGACCCAUCCCAAGGCCCUGUGCGGAUCCCUGUGCUCUUUAACGACUCCACCAUGGCACAGAUGAAUGGCGAGCUGCAGGGGCUGACUGAGAAGAAGCUCCUGGAGCUGGGCAUUAAGCAGCACCCACGCGCCUGGUUCAUCUCAAUGGACGGCCGCGCCAACCACGUGCGCCAUUCUUACAUCGACGUGAGCAACGACCUCAGCAGCGGCGGAAUUGGCGGGGGAGGAGGUGGCCCCAGCUGCAGCACAAUCCGAGAAGCCAACCUCGAAGGACCCAUGGACGGCACCCAAGACCGCAAGGCUGCGGCAAUCCGUAAGGGUAAGGACGAACGGUGGGGAACUGGUGGACGGAAGGGUGGUGGCAGUAAGGGCAUGUCCAAGCUGGCAUACCAGGAGCACAGCGAGCCCAGCAGCAGCGAGGGUCGCCCAGUGUCACCCGAGGAGAAUUCCCUUACCCCGCUGCUGGACGAGGGGCCCUCGUCGCGGGGCUCCAGUCCUCGGAGAGGCCGCAGCCGCAUGAACAGCGCGCGCAGCAGCAACAGCGAGAACCGUCGCGACUCCAUGACUAGCCCAGAGGACGACCCGGACAGCAAGGAUGAGAACAAGAAGAGUCCGUGGCAGAAGAUCGAAGACCGGCCUCUCAUGGUGUUUCCCCCUAAAAAGUUGUAGGCUAACAUCUCAGGCUCCACUCAUAUGGAACAUAAGAGUUGGUCCAGUAGUCAGGGCAGUUAUACAGCCAUUUUGAGACACCUAGAGAAACAAUAAAAGGAAGGUGAAGGAGUAGCAUUUGACCGAAAGAAGAUCCUAGAAAAGCACAAGCCUGCUUGAUAAUCCGUCAAAUGGUACUAUUUUAAUGACAGCCUCUUUCUGUGGUUUUUGUGUUUCACUUAUUCGAUCACACCCCUAAUUCCCAUCAUUCUUCUCCAUGUCUUUACAAAUCCAUUUUUGAAAUCCCUCUCAGUAAAUUCAACUCUGAGCCACUGACUUUGGAAAUAACCAUCUUAACGAAGAAAACACAAUGGCUAUAUUUGGAGAGAACUAACCUACAGUAUCUUGUUGCGACUGAAAUAAUUUGCCCAGUAUUGUGAAUGAACUUCUACAUGAGAAAGACAAGUUACUUCAAGGACAGGACUACCCUCUUCUCUCCUGGACUUGUGUACUACACAUUUAUGAAGGCCAGGGUCAAUUCCAUUUCAGUUCAGUCAAUUCAGGAAGCAAACCGAAAUGUGUCAUUUACGUUUGCGCCAGGAAUUGGCUGAAUUAAAAUGGUACCAAAACUCUGAUAUAGGCCCACCUUGAGUUUUAGUGGUUGUAAUUCUGUCACUUUGGUCUGCCUGCUUCCUGGACCAUAAGGAGAUACAGUAUCUCUGUGAAGACAUUAGCACACAUUAUCCCAAAGCAUAAAUGUGUGGAGAUUGUGUUUUUUUCUUUAUGGUUUUCUAUUUGGAGGAUUUUUAUGAAAUGAUAGUUAGUGUAAAAUAUCUGUUGAUCUCCAUUUGUCGUGUGUACAAUUAUGUACUUUUAAUGUGAAAUGUGCAUUACUCCUUCAGGGAAAUGUAUUUGCAAUUCUUUGUGUUGUAAUGAUUUAUUAUAUUACUGUAAGCCACUUAUCUGAGGUGGGAUCUCCUACAAUUUUGCACAGAUUUGCCAUCCUGUUACAUGCCACCGGCCAUUUUAUAUUCCACGGGUUUUAUUUAGAAUUUUUUCUGUUUUUGUGUUUGGAAUACCACGGUUGCUAUGGGAGAUCAUGCUGUCUCAAUGCAUAUGAUAUAAGCAUUUGUAGGCCAAUUUCGAAACUGUAGAAUAACUGCAUUACCUAUAAUGCUCUACUCAACCAUCAAAAAACUUCUCCGUCCAUUGGACAACCCCUCUCUUACAAUCACCACCGACCUCUGACAGUUUUCUGGCCUUCAGGCUAUCUACCAACAGCUGCAGUAGUCUCACCCUUCAUCUGCCCCCCCCCCCCCCCCACCAGGACUACCUGACUCACAACCUGUGAACAGACAUAAUGUCCUCCCUUGUCAAUGAAACCACCAUUACUGAACUCUUUUCUAAAUCCAAAACCAAAGCUCUUUUGACCCAAUGCCCACUGUCUUAGUUAAGGCAUGCCUCCCUGUUCUCUGCCCCUUGGUGGUCAAGAUUGUAAAUGCAUCCCUUACAUCUGGCAUUGUUCUUACUCCUUUGAAAACAGUGUCUAUAACUCCCAUACUGGAGAAACAGGGCCUGGACUCUGAGAUCCUCAUCAACUACGGGCCUAUUUCAAACCUACCCUUCCUCGCCAAGCUGCUUGAGUGGGUGGUAGCGACACAAAUCCAACAACACAUGUCCUCUCAUGAUCUUUUCAAACCCCUCCAGUCAGGCUUCUGGGCUAUGCAUAGCACUGAAACUUCCUUGAUAAAGGUAGUUAACGAUCUCAUCUGUGCUGCUGAUGCUGGGAACAUCUCCAUCCUCAUCCUCCUGGACCUGUUUGCAGAAUUUGACACGGUCUGUCAUCAGAUUUUAACUGACCGCAUGGAGAGGCUUCUUGUAGUUUCCGCAACACUCCUUGCCUGGUUCCACUCUUAUCUAUCUAAUAGACAACAGUUUGUUUCCCUUGGCAACUGGAGGUCUGCCCCAGACCCUGUAUCAUAAGGUGUCCCACAAGUCUCAGUGUUAGGUCCAUUACUGUUUAGUAUUUACAUGCUACCCCUUGGUCAGAUCCUGUGUCAAUUUGGAUUUCACUGUUAUGCAGACGACACACAUCUACAUCCACACAAAAUCCAACUCCGCUAUGCCACCCUCCUCUGUGGUUGACUGUCUAAAAACUUGGAUGAGCAAUAACUUUUAAAAACUAAACGAAUCAUCAUGAAACUGGGUCAAUUCAACAUGACAAUCAGCGGCUGCACCAUCCUCUCCAACUCCACAGUCAGGAUACACAGUGUUACAUUUGAACCCCACAUCCCUAACAUCACCAAGGCAGCCUUUAUCCACCUCAAAAACAUCUCAUGACUUAUACCCUCUCUCACUGACAUCACAACCCUCAUCCAUGCCUUUGUUUUAUCAUGCUGGCCUACUGCAACGCCAUUCUCUACGGACUCCCCAACAAAACACUGGGCAAACUUCAAAAUUCAGCUGCACGGGUACUCCCACACACCAGAUCUUGGGACCACAUCACCUCCCACCCUCAUCAACGUCCACUGGCUCCCAGUUCAAUACAGGAUCAAUACAGGAUCAAUAUGCUCAUGCUCACCUGCAAAGCACUCAAUGGACUGGCGCCAACUUACCUUACUGACGUCCUGCACCCCUACACUCCCACCUAUUCACAGCGCUCCUCUGACAUUGGCCUUCUCACCAUACCACGCACCAGGCCCCGCUCUUUUUUUUUUUUAGCUGUGCAGCUCCUCAAGUCUGGAUCUCCCUCCCUCUUCAUGUCAGAACCGGACAAUCCAUACACAUAUUCAAGUCCACACUAAAUAGACACCUCUUCACACAGGCUUACCCGGAUUCUCGGCUGCUUUAGCUUUUAUCCUCUGUCUAGUUCACUUCCCUGGUUAAUCUGUCAUUGUGUUUAGUGUUCUCCAUGGUUAGUCUGUCCUUACGUUUAGUGUACUUUUUUAUAUACUCAAUUAUUUUAUGAUGUGAUUUUAAUGCUUUUUAUCCUGCUGAUUCUUGUGUGUAUGUAAAGUGACUUUGGGUGUUGUGAAAAGUGCUUGAAAUAACAUUUAUUUUUGUUAUUAUUAUAAUGCCCAUUGACUGAACAUUCCAAAUUACUAUGGCAAUUAUGCAUCACACUGCUACCAUGGCAAUUAUGCGUCACAAUAUGAAUUAUAUUUAUACUGUGUAGGGCAGGCCAGUAACCUUUGCAACCAAAUCAUUGUAUUGUACCCCAAAAAAUAGGAGAGGGGAAUUCCAUUUUCUCAUAUAUUUUCUAGUUUUUAUUUAGACAGAUUCAAUUGCAAGGGCACACAGAGGUAACGAGGGGAAAAGUUGGAAGGGUCAACUCGGGAUUGAACCCGGGUCUCUGGCAGGGAGUCGCAUAUAAUAUGUCACACAAAGAGUGAUUUUUUUUCGUGAGCAAUUGGCAGUGAGCAAAAUAACCAUAACAUUUUAAAUAAACAGGAAGUUGCAAAUAGCUUAUUAGCAGCAUGAAUUUCUGCUUUGUAGGUGGGGUUAUUGAGUGAACAAUUAUGUGAUGGUUGCAGUCCACAAAGAUAAAAUUGCAUUGAAUCAAAUGAAUCAGAUCUAUUGAUUUACCGCCUGUAGUGCGGAUGUGCCACUGGUGUAUUGUAUAUAGCUAUCAAAGGUGACGAUGACAAUUUGAAAUGUCGGUCAUGAUGCACAACCUUUCCUUUACUUCCAGGGUCUUCAGUCAUUUGUGUAGUAGUGAUACACUUUGCCCAAAUUUGAGACAUUUCUGCUUUUCUCCUGUGCCAUUUGGUUGUUUGCUUGCUGUAAAUAAUAUUUAGCUUUGAGAGUCUACCUUUUGGUUGAAGGUUGCAUGUAUGAAAUAAGCAGAAGGCACCAAAAAAAAGGCCAUGCAAAUCUGUACCACUUUUCUCCUGUAAGUGCCUUUUACAUAGGGUUGACUGGCAUGGAGGGCCUUUUCAAAAUGCAGUCCAAGAAGGUUUUACAUCACCUAAGCUAAUCUUGUCAAAUGGACAGACACAAAAAUGGAAGCACACUGCAUUUAGUUAAGAACACACAUAUCUUCCCCGGGGGAGAGCAUGCAUGCUAAAAUUGAUCAAUGACUCAUUUUGUGUUCAAUAUGUCCUUGUGUUCAUAGUUUCUUGUGUCUAUCAUUGCUCAACAAAUGUGGUAGACUAAGUGAUUGCUAUUUAUUGUACAAGUUUGAUAAGUGACAAAUUCAGAGAACUAUAUAAGAUUGUGUGUGUAUAUGUACUGUAUGUGCAUGUAAUAGUAGAGUAGAGUGUUUUUAAUGGAAAGUCUUUUUUGAUAAUAUCCAGAAUGUUGCUGGCACACAUGAAGUAUAUCAAAUUCUGUUGCCAAAUGUACACACAUUUUAGAUGAAUUUCGCUCUACUCUUAAAAUUCACUUCCGGUCUUAAAUGUUUACAAGUACAACAUACUGGCCAAUAUGCUCUCACUGUAGAUUGCAUCACAAUUGCCUAUGACACUUAACAACUGUGAAUCAUAUUUCUUACAGAUGUAAAUGAAGAAAUGCAUAGCUACAGUACAACACAGUCACAAAGAGUUGGUGCAGUAGAUCUGUUAAUGGAUGUAAUACCAUUGAGAGAGAUUGUAAAAAUAGACAAAAAGUUAUUAAAAAUGCAACAAUGCGAGGGUAAAACAUUAUUAUGUUGCAGUACAUUUGUUUUCUCUCUGUUAUAAAUGGGGAGGACUGUUUAUAUUGACAGUAGACUUUUAUGAAUUUCUUGUUUUUGCUAUUUUCAAAGUUGUUCUGAAUAAUGUUGACUUAAAUGUAUAGUAUGGCUACCCUGACUCUGGAUGAAAAAUUGUAUAGCCCUAUUCUAAUGGAUUCCCAGGUCUAUUCUUGCCAAAUUAUGUCAUUUUUUUCGUACAGGCUGUCUAUAACCUUUUCCAAUGCAGUAAGACAAUGUGAUGUCGUGUUUGGUUGGUUACAAGAGGCAAAAUAAAUGUUCAGAAUCUCCCUACCUACUACUAGGCCGGAUAUGACAGCAUCUUGAUAUUAGUGCAAUUGUGAAUUUGUUUAGUUUGAUACCAGACCUUGAAUUGAGCAAAAUUACACAAAUAGAUGCGUUCAAGUUUUUCCCAAAGUAUUUUUAAAAGUUUUGUGAUAUCACAAUAUUACAAAAUCAAAAACAAACAUACCUGUACACAAGUCUGAGUAAUGUCCUGCAAAUCUUACUUGUGGUUGUGAAUUCAAUAAAUGUAUGUUGGGGUCAUCUAACUUCCAUCCAAUACCCUGAUUGCACAAAAACACAUUAUUGUCACUAUUGUGUAUAAAGAGCAGCUGUAUAUUAAAAACAUCUUUGGGAGUGGAAGAGGACACAACACGUUGUAUAUUAUUCUGUGUGAGAAAAAAAAGGUCAGUUUGUAAACUGUCAAUCGAUUCUGUACAUGAGAUGAGAUAGAAAUAAACUUGUUUGCGCUGUCUAACAA